UCGCAAGAGUGCGACACCGGUAAUUGCACGAGCCGAACGUUGCCGGGAAUACGCGAACGUGAGCUCAUGGGUGCAGCGACAUAAGCGCGUUCGACAGUGCACGAACAGUGCGGCGAGUGAGCGUUGCUACGUCGGAUCUGCGGAUUUUGCCGAUUUUUGCUCAGCUGUCAAGCGCCCUACUCUCACGGCUGUGAAAGCGAUGCUUCGUGAGUGACGCCCCUAGCACGAUCACGCCUCGCGUAUAUCUCUCGGCUUCUAUCUUUCUUUCGGAGAUACGCAUUUGUCUUCCUCGCUCCGAUCUGUCAGCCUUUCUCACUCUCGUUCUCUCUCUCUCUCUCUCUUUCUGCAUCGCGGUCGGGCCGCGUGGCUCGUCUCUUUCGCGCUACGCUCGAUAAUCGUUCAUUCGAAGUCAACAACGAGGACGAUCACAACGACGGGUGACGUCCGUCGCGACACUGACGUUUUUGCUUUCGAUCAGUCGCGUCGCGUGUGCGCCACCAGUUGCGUGUUGCGUAACUGCAUUUUACGACAGCCCACCUCGGUCUCGUGGGUGCAUCGGUCCUGUCCCCUCCACCCCCCCGUCCGAGCGUUUGGUGCUACAAUCUUCGAAUCUGACGUUUGGAGCGCACGACUUCACUGCAUCCACGCGAGACACGCGGUAGCGGCGCAACGGACGCGCGGCCGAAGAAGCGGAACUACCCGUUGACGAUGGCGGCGGGAACGUGCCAAUUGGCCUGAGGGGACAGUAUCCGCAGAAAUCCGCAAGGAUGGUGCUGGUGGUGGGCGGGGUGGUCCAGCAGGAGGAGAUCUUUGUGGAGAGCAGGUUAUUAUACGCGGCCCACCCGGUAUACCGCGAGAGCGCGAUCCAGCUGCACUCGAUGCCGGCAAAACUCGUAGGCCCGGUGGGCCUCCUCUAUGUGCAGCAACGAGAAAUGGCUGCGACUCUGCCGCACGACAAGAAUGUGAGCAUCCUCGGUUCGGACGACAUGACUACGUGCAUAAUCGUUGUCGUCAGGCAUUCCGGUUCAGGCGCCGCAGCACUGGCGCAUCUUGACGGCUCUGGAACAACGGAUGCUGCCGCGGCGAUGAUCCAGAGGGUAACGGAACUCGCCCUCGAAGUUAAUCCCCAGGGCCGCUUGGAGCUACAAUUGGUCGGCGGCUACUCCGACCCGAGGAAUUAUUCCGAUCCAUUAUUCUUCGCUAUACUUUCCGCGUUUCACAAGCAACCGGUGGAAAUCGACCUGACGCUGUGCUGCGUGGGCGAGCUGAACACCACCGUGAGAGGCGGGAUUCACUGGCCGGUGAUCUACGGCAUCGGGCUGAACGUAAAGACGGGCGAGAUCUUUCCCGCGACUUUCCCCGACAAAGGCCCGGAUCAGGCGCUAAGGUGCGCCAGACAAUUGACCGGGGGUCAGCAGGUUCUGGAUAUAUACGACUACAAUAGUGGAUUACUUAGAAUCGGCCCGUUUAAUUACGAUCCCCUGCGUGGCGUGGAUCUCUGGCUGGAGCAAUCCGAUCAAUUCAUCCUGCAGCAUUUGUCAACGUCACCGGAAGUAGAACAGCCGCAUUUCGUAUCGCAGGUGCGGGCGACGCUCAAGUACAUCCAGAAAAAUCAAUUUCCGGCCGUCACCGUCUUCCGAGAUAAUAGACCUCAUUACUACCGUCGGGACGAUAUCACCGGUGGCUGGCAGCCGAUGGUGGGAUACUAACUCCAACAAGCCGCAGAUCCAGGGCUUGCGUGGAUAUUGUUCGCGAAAUUUUCGAGCGACACGAAGUGUAAAAUUAAAUUGCGGAUCGGCGAAGCGUAUGAAGCAUUAGGACGAUCGAGCCAUAGGAAUUCAAGUCAGUCACUCGAAUGAUGAAAUUGCGCUCCUUUAAAAUCGCAAUAUCAUCGCCGUUUAAGCCCUGAAAAAUUCAAGUCCCGAGAGGAAGUCGCGUUUUAAAAAGAUCGUCUUGCAUUUACAAUUAUUGGCGAGCAAAUUGUGAGAGUCGGCGUAUAAUUGCAGCCUUCGCCGGUUGGCAAUUAUCUGUGAUCGACGAGAAAAGGAUAUCCGAUCGGGAGGAAAGCCGUGGGAUUGAGUACCAAUCGAGGCGGUCGCAUUCAGCACGCAUUGGUCGACGCUUCAAGGUCUGUUCACAUCGGAAGAUAUGCCAUAUCGAAGUUGAAUUUGAAUAUACAUUAUCAAGUACAGUUUAUAAUAUUUAUAUCAUAGAGUAUAUAAUCAUAGUGUAUAUAAUCAUAGAGUAUAUAUAUCAUAGAGUAUAUGUCCAAAAAAAAAAAAAAAAAAAUAAACAAUAAAAUCGAAAUGAUUGUGGCGUACGUUUAUCUGAAAUUUUGAUAUGCAUCACUCUGCAUCGAGACACAGUGAACUUUUUUUUUUUUUUGCACGUUUUAUACUCAAUAGUUAGUUUUUAAUAUGAUAGACAUAAUAAGCAGGUAAAGGAUUUUUCUGCAUGACACAACUGUCGCAGAAGAUUUAUAUAAAUUGUAUCAAUUGAACUUGCUUUCAGAUAAAUUUUUAUAAAAAGUUAAGACUCGAUUUGAUUCUCGAUUAAAAAGAAAAACCGAGAAUCGAAUCCCAGCUCGCCGAGCAAUUGCUCUUCUAUAAGCUGCUCUUUAGAGAAAAUAUAACGCGAAAUCUUGUAAAAAGAAAAUAAUUUUAUAAAAUGUGUAUUACAUUCUUACAUAAUGUAUAUUGAGACACGUUCCCUCUUUUUUUCUAUUGCACUUUUUAGACAUAUUUAGAAAUGUAUAACUACUUAUGUAUUACUACUGAUGCUGCGCACGAUAUAAUCUUAUUUGUGAACAGGCCUAUACGCGUUGAGCACAUUGGCAUUGUUGAAUUUUCUUUUUAACAAAUACCUUAUAUCGUAUAUGAACAAUGAUCAUACCGUCGUUGUUACAAGAUGUUAUUAGUCGUACACGAUCGUUACGCCAUCGUUGAAGCACUCUCCGGAUUGACUUUCCUCGUCGCCAAAAGGAGAAAGCAACAACGCGCACGUUCCCAUCGCGCGUUUAGCGCCAAACGCGACUGUCCGAUACUUAUUUCAUUUUUACAUCACGUACAAGUUUCACGACAGAGUAAUUUGACAGCAGUGAAUCGCAUUCGGCGUUGUGCGCGAGCGGACGAACUAAAACCUACGCACACGCGCGUGGAACCACACUUGUCCUAUUUCUUUCUUUUCUUGUUUUGUUCUUUCACUUGUUGGAUUACGAAAGUUCGAGCAACGAAUAAUUCCGUACUUGCCAUAUAAGAAAGAAAGGCGAAAGGUGUAAGAGGCAAAGUGGAAAACGAUGUAUAUAUUUUUAGAGUUGUGCCCGAGUCCUUCGGGUGAGGGAAAGUUUCUUUGCCUCGAGUUAGUUUUUCGAGGGGAUGCUAAUCUAUCCGAAAGUUUAUGCGACGAUUAAUUAAUCAUGUAAAAAUUGUUAAUAUUUUGCGAAAAUUUUUACUGAAUUGUAAAUUUGUACUGAAACGUAUAGAGAAACGAAAUUGUAAAGACCCUUUUAAUAUUUUUGAAAUUCUCGCGAAACACUUGAAUUAUUGUGUUUAAUCGUGAUUUAUAUUGUAAAAUAAUUAUUUAGUUGAUAAAAUAAUUCUUGUUGCGUUUUUAACUGAGUUGUCGAUCUUAUCGAACGGCUUGCACGCGCAAAAUCGAAUAAGACACGUGCGAAAUCGUAGAUUAAUCGUUAUUUCACUAGGCAUAAUAAGCGCAUAAUAAAAUGGUGCAAUUCGAUCAAUUCGGAAAUCGUGUGAACGCCCGACAUGGAUUUUGUUUGUUGUUAGAAAGCGCGUGUGAUCAAAGAAUCAAAAUGAUGAGGCCUUCUCUUACCUGUGGAUUCAUCGAGUAAGCAGAAAGGUAAAACUCUCCGGAUUGCGUUCGAGAGCAUAGCUCUAAUAAAUUUUAUUUUCUUUAUGUCAGUUGAAAAAUUUCAUUUUUCUAUACUUGAUUACGUUAUUUUCAUAACAAAAAGAUUCAAAAGUUUAUUAAAUCAACGCUAAUAUCGUGAAGCACUAUUUAUUAGGCUUUAAAGAUAAAAAUUUUUAAGUAAAAGCUAUUAAAAGUAAAAUUCGUCUUAAAGCUAUAGUCUCGAAGCUGUGGAGUAGUUUGUAAAAGAAAGGUGCGUUCACAAUUUUCCAUUGUUCUAGUGAUACAUAAGCUAAUUGAGGUUGAUAUUAAUAAUAAAUGACGAUGAUGAUCAUGAUGAUACUGCUGAUGAUGAUAAUGAUAUUUCCUAGGAAUCGAAGAGAUAUAUUUUUACUAUAUUAUGUAAAAGAGCGAAUGCACUCGUGACGAUGAAGCUCUCAGGAUCGAACUUACGAUACCUACUUUUCCUACCCAUUCGAUCUGCGCGAGUAGAAGUAUGGCGGGUGAUUUGCCACUUAUUUUGUUGCUUCUGCCAAGAGAAUAUACGGCUUUCCUUGCUUGCGUCAUGAAAACUUCCCGGUGCAGAAAUACGAUUUAUAUAUAUAUAUAUAUAUAUAUAUAUAUUAUUUUUUUAAGUUCUCCCGCCUUCCCUUUCCUUUCCUUUCGUCCACCUUUUCUUUAUCCCUACGAUAGCCUUUCCGUUCGAUCUCUAUCGCAUUCUUUCUCGCGUUACGCAGACGCAAUCUUACUACAUAAUAUUAUUUGGUGAUAUAUUUAUACAAUAAACGAUGAUAGACUAAAGCAA